UCAGCGGCAUUGAUUAGGGAGCCGUGCGAUCCUGUGAUCCAGGAUCUAUUAUAUAUAAAAAUACACUUAUAUAUAAACUCCACAAUCCGAUGCCCCCAUAACAUUGGCUGAUUGGCAUUAGCAGUCGGUGAGAAACAGGCAAGCAGCGCGAGAGGGCACGGCGGUGGUGGUUCUUGCGACAACAUCAGGUCAGCCGUCGUUCGAAGCCACGGCGAGGCUAGGAGGCCGUGCCCGGCGGCCAGCGGAGCCGCCGCGCGGACCAGGCGGCGGGGCGCCCAGGGUCGCCGGGACACGCGCCAUGGCGUGGUGGCGCGCGCGGGUCGUCGCGCCAGCGCGCCACGCCUGGCUCGCCGUCGUCGUCGCCGCGCGCGUGCGCGGCCGCAAGCGCCGCACUGAGCGCGCAGGAAUCGUGGACCUCCACAAGGACGUGCAGACCUGCGGGUACCACGACGUUCAGGUGAUGUGGGGCAUGCUGGGCCUGGAGGCCGGCGCGCCCAGCGCUCCGGAGCGCCGGAAGCGGUCGCCGUUCUGGACCUGGACGCCGUCGUUCUGGCACUUCGCUUCGUCGCGCCGCACCGGCACGGCCGCCGCGCGGUGAGCGCGCGGCACCGACGCACCGCCGUGCGGUAGAAGAUGACUAGGCAGUGUCUGUUCGUGUCGGUGAAAAGCUGAAAGCUCCACUGCGGGGGCCUCUGGGGUGGGGACUGGGGCAUACUAUCAGUUUGACUAGGAAACGGUGCUGGUGUGGUGUGUACUACAAUCUCCUUUGUGCUCGGUGCACUUCUACUGCACAUUGUCACUGUAGAGAGAGCGAGAGAGGGAAAAAACAAUGUACAUAAAAAAAACCAGCUCUAAUUCCCCAUGUUUAUUUGCUUUGUGUU